CAUCCCCAAACUCCCCUCAGUCUGUACUGUUCCAAUACAACUACCUUCUUUCUUCUGCUCGAUAUUUAGCGAAAACCCUAAACCCCUCCCUCUAAAAUCCUCUUUUUAUUUAUAUUUUUUCCUUUUUCUUUUUCCUUAUAUAUACGUUGCCUGUCCCAUUUACAACCCAAAUUAGGAUUCUGCCCAGAAAUUCUGGAGUGAAGCCCACUCUUUGCAAGUCUGACUCUGGUCAUGAGGUUUGAUGCCAUGUUGGCGCAAUAGUAGAUUUUAGACAUAGAAUUACGUAGAUGGAGAUAGUUGAAUCAAUACUCAAUCUUCCAGUGCAAGAUCCAGCAGAACAGGAGUUUUCUUCUGCUGAUUUGACUUGGACAAAGUUUGGCACAGCUGAGCACCAUGAUGAUGUAGCACUCAUUCCUUAUGCUCGAGUAGAUGAAUUUAUAAUUGGAGAAUGCUCCAAUGUGGAAUGCCCAACACGAUUUCAUAUUGAAAGGGGACGGAAACGAUCAAUGGGCAGUUUAAAGGAGUAUAAGAGUGACGAAUAUUUGGAAUAUAGACUAUAUUGGUGUUCCUUCGGUCCUGAAAAUUAUGGGGAAGGUGGAGGUGUAUUACCUAGUCGAAGAUAUCGCCUAAACACCCGAAAUCGGGCUGCUAGACCUCAAUCCAUGCGAGGAUGCACAUGCCAUUUUGUAGUCAAACGUCUUUAUGCUCGUCCAUCGCUUGCACUUAUUAUAUUCAAUGAGAGACGCCAUAUAAACAAAUCUGGCUUUGUUUGCCAUGGACCCCUUGACAAAGAUGCCAUUGGCCCCGGUGCUAAGAAAAUUCCAUAUAUUUCCAAUGAGAUUCAACAACAAACAAUGUCCAUGAUCUAUUUGGGUAUUCCUGAAGAAAAUGUGCUGGAGAAACACAUAGAGUAUGUUCAACGAUAUGGUGGUUCAGAUGCAACAGUUAGUACCCUUGCUUCCCAAUAUGUCCGCAAACUUGGGAUGAUCAUUAAGAGGUCUACCCACGAGUUAGAUCUAGAUGAUCAAGCUAGCAUUCGGAUGUGGGUUGAACGCAAUAAGAAAUCUAUAUUUUUCUAUCAGGACACUUCUGAAACAGAUCCUUUCAUUCUUGGGAUUCAAACAGAAUGGCAGUUGCAACAGAUGGUUCGAUUUGGCCAUCGCAGUCUCAUAGCAGCUGAUUCAACAUUUGGCAUUAAAAGGCUCAAGUACCCUUUAUGCACUCUUCUUGUCUUUGAUUCAAGACAACAUGCAUUACCUGUUGCAUGGGUCAUUACCCGUAGCGUUGCAAAGUCAGACAUGGCAAAAUGGAUGAAAGCCCUACUUGAUCGAGCUCGGAGCAUAGAUCCCGGAUGGAAGAUCAAUGGUUUUUUGAUUGAUGAUGCAGCUGUGGAGAUUGAUCCCAUCAGGGAUGCUUUUAGCUGUCCUAUCCUAUUUUCCAUUUGGCGUGUUCGAAGAUCUUGGUUGAGGAAUGUUGUUAAGAAAUGUUCCAACAUUGAAGUUCAGCGGGAACUUUUUAAGCGCCUGGGAGAAAUAGUUUACAGCAUAUGGGGUGGCGUAAACUCUUCUGUUCCCUUAGAAGAGUUAAUUCUGGAUUUUGUCGAUCAAUCUGCCUUCAUGGAGUAUUUCAAAUCCACUUGGGUGCCUAAAAUUGAAAUGUGGCUUUCAACGAUGAGAACUCUUCCACUUGCAAGCCAGGAGGCAUCUGGUGCCAUAGAAGCAUAUCAUGUGAAGCUGAAAACAAAAUUGUUUGACGAUUCACAUCUUGGUGCACUUCAGAGAGUUGACUGGUUAGUACACAAGCUGACAACUGAGUUGCAUUCAGCAUAUUGGCUUGACCGGUAUGCAGACGAAAGUGAUUCUUUUCUAAAUGUCAAGGAGGAAUACAUUGCAUCUACAUCUUGGCAUCGGGCGCUGCAGAUUCCUGAUUCUGCUGUUACAUUAGAUGAUAAGAACCAUCUAUUUGCGAAGGUAACAAGUCAGAAAGACAGCAGCAGAACACAUUUAGUUUGGAACCCUGGAUCAGACUUCGCUUUCUGCGACUGUGUGUGGUCCAUGCAAGGAAACUUUUGCAAGCAUGUCAUCAAGGUCAAUAUGAUCUGUGAAAAUGCCAAAGGCUACAAACUUUCCAUGUCUUCUUGGUCAUUCAGGGAGAUAUUGAUGGAUCUUUGGAAGAAACCAAUGGACGACUCGAUUGGUUUAGAUGAGUCAGUUGCCUGGACCCACCAGAUGCUUGAUCAAAUCAAACAACUUGUUGAACUGAAUAAUUCAAAUGAUAUUGGCGUUGUGGUAAACAAUAUGCCAUUGAAAUGGGUUUCUAAGAAGGGAAGAACAUUUGUUGGUAUACCAGCUUCCCUUCCUGCUCUUGCAUCUAGUUCGAAGGGCGUUGCAAAGAAUCUGCAGAAGAAUAGGAAACGAAAAAGAUUAUCAAGAUUAAGAUGAUCAUGGAAGUUGCUUAUAUUUGCCAGCAUUUAGCCAACAUCAGACCCUAUGGUGCAGGACGCCUCUAUUUGAAAAUAGUCCGUUUCCAUAUUGGGUAACAUCAACAAUCUUCAUUUCUUGCAGCACGAGAAGCCAAACUAUUCUUUAGAUAGAAUGACUUUAGCUUCCAAAGACGGGUUUCAAGGGAAUUAACCAUGCCAAUAUAUUCAUUUCAGAGGAAAGCUCCAAGAGUUAUCGACACAUUCAUGUUCACUCCAACACUCAUCUAUAGAUAUUUAAGGCCAACAUCUCGAAAAAGAAGGUCUUUAUGUACGUUCUCUUCAGGGAAAACAGAGCAAAGCAUCAGGCAUCUUGCCAAUGGAUCCAUGACUCACUAUUUCUAUUGAUAGGCAAUUACAAAAUCAUGAGCACUGUUCAGUUGAUAUUUGAAUUUGAGCUUGGCAUAGAAAGAUUAUAGUACAUUAUGUUUAUUUGUAUA